AUGGCCAUUGCCUUUGCGCUGCCGCGCGGGCAGGAUGUCGGCGCUUUGCGGCCGUUGCCACGUGGCGGGGUGGAAGCUCCGGCUGCGGAAGUUGGCCGAUCUGGUGGAGAGCUGGGUCUCGCUUUUGCCGCUGCCGGAGCCGCGCUGGUGUCGCUUCGACGGGUGACGCGGCGGGCGACUGCGACGGAUGGUGAUGGCCUGCCUCGACGUGUGGCACUAGGCCUGGGCGGCGCUGGCUUGUCGUUGGUGGCCUUGAAGCGCUUCGCCAUUGACGGGCCGCCGGAGUUCGACCCGGCGGAAAACUCGAUGCGGGGGAAGACGGUGCUGAUCACCGGUGGCAAUACAGGCCUGGGCAAGGAGUCCGCGCUGCGCCUGGCGCGCGGGGGGGCCACGGUGGUCCUAACGGCUCGCUCCGAGGCCAAGGGCCUCGAAGCCGCCGAGGCGGUGCGCCUCGGAGCUCGGGCGGAGUUUUCGCGGAUUGGCGGAAGUCGACUGAGUCACAAACACCCGGUAUGA